CCCUCACCGCUGGUUUCUGCUGGGAAGUGUAUAACAGCGCCGACACCCCGGAAUGCAUCCCCACCCUCCAAGUGAUCAACAUCAAGGCCAUCCAGACGUCUAACUCAAGCACGGUCCGAUUCCGGUAAGUCAUCGAACCAUCAUUCUGACGCGACACUGUUUCUGGGCGGCUUGACAGAGAGCAUGUGCAUGCCACUCCUUCAUUUGAGGGCCGAACUGAAGGAGGGAUAGGCUUUCCCUCCAUUACGCCAUCAUGCCAGACUAACGCCACAGUCUUAUCCUCUCGGACGGCCAGCACUUCACCCAGUCGAUGCUCGGGACGCAGCUCAACAAUCUCAUUGAAGAUGAAUCGAUCAAGAAGAACAGCCUCAUCAAACUGACCCAGUUCGUCAUCAAUACUGUCCAGAAUAAGAAACUCCUCAUUAUCCUCGGACUCGAAGUGCAGCCAUGGCAGGGUGACAGGAUUGGUUCUCCCGUCAACGUCGAGUCAGCAGCCCGCGAUGUGAAACCCGCGGUGCCCGCGAGCACUGUGGCUGCCCCCCCACCAGCUGCUGCCAACCGUGGUGGAGCGUCCAACACCCGGGUACAGCCUGCUGGUGGAGCGCGUCGCGGAGGCAGCGGCAAGGGUGAUAUGGGGCCGAUUUUCCCCAUCCAGGGCCUUAGCCCUUACCAGAACAAGUGGACAAUCAAGGCUCGCGUCACCCAGAAGUCGGACAUCAAGCACUGGUCCACCCAGCGCGGCGAGGGCAAGCUUUUCAGCGUCAACCUCAUGGACGAAACCGGCGAGAUUCGCGCCACCGGCUUCAACGACACCGUCGACUUAUUCUACAAUAUCCUUGAGGAGGGCAAAGUCUACUUUAUCUCGCGCGCUCGUAUCAACAUCGCCAAGAAGCAGUUCAGCAACCUUGACAACGAGUACGAGAUCAUGCUUGAAUCCAACUCAGAGAUCGAGCCAUGCGACGAUGACUCAGUCCCGCAAGUAAAGUACAACUUCAAGCCGCUGGCCAACCUCGAUGAGGUUGCUAAGGAUGGCAUCGUAGACGUUAUCGGUGUCGUCAAGGAGGUGCACGACCUCGGCUCUGUCACCUCAAAGGCAACACAGAAGCCUUUCUCCAAGCGCGACAUCAUGCUUGUUGACCAGUCUGGACAGAGCGUUCGUCUGACCCUCUGGGGCAAAACCGCUGAGAACUUCUCCGCGACCGACGAGCCUGUAAUCGCCUUCAAGGGUGUCAAGGUCGGCGACUUCGGCGGGCGCUCGCUGUCCAUGUUCAGCUCGGCCACCAUGUCGGUCAACCCCGACAUUUCUGAGGCCCACGCCCUUCGCGGGUGGUACGACGCUGAGGGCCGCAGCAAGUCGUUCAACACGUUCUCCAACGCCAGCGUCAAUGGUGCGAUGGGUACCAUCAAGCCCUCUGAGCUCAAGACCAUCGGCGAGGCCAAGGACCAGGGCCUUGGCAUGAGUGACAAGGUCGACUACUUCACGACUACCGCCACCAUCAUGUUCAUCAAGCAGGAGACCUUCUCGUACCCGGCAUGCGCGAACCCCGACCAGAGCUGCAACAAGAAGGUCAUUGACGAAGGUGCGGGCUGGCGCUGCGAGAAGUGUGACCGCUCUUGGCCUGCGCCGAUUCACCGCUACAUCCUUCAGAUGAACAUCAUGGACCACACAAGCGCGUUCUGGGUCACGGCGUUCAAUGAAGUCGCAGAGCAGCUGCUCGGCAUCUCAGCCAACGACCUCAUGCGCUUCAAGGAGGAGGGUGACCCGCAGUUCGAGAAGUACAUCUCCAAGGCACAGGGCAAGACUUGGACAUUCCAAAUGAUGGCCAAGCAGGACACAUUCAACGACCAGGUCCGUGUGCGCUACCAGUGCCGCCGAGCUGGGCCAGUUGACUUCGUGGCCGACAACGCCGACCUGAUCACCAAGAUCAAGGCUAUGGCCGUCUAGUACAAUACCUGGCUCGGCACAUGAACUUACUCUGUAUGGUAGUUGUGUAGUAGACAUUUUCGCGAAUGAAUGGCCGACUCUUGCUCUGAGCUUGACGUGGCACAACUGAAUUAGUGUCGUGGCU